AUGGCCAUUGCGCGAAGGUCGCUCGUCAGUAUGGUCCGUGAGGCCAGCGCGCGCUGGCCGCUCGCCACUGUGCUCUUCCUGGGCGUGCUGACCGGGAUCGGGCCGCUCUGCGCCAGCGCCACCAACGGGACUUGGCCCGAGCGCCGCUGGGAGAGCCUGCUGUCGCGCUCUGUGCUGGCCAUCUCGGGCGAGAGGGCGGACACGAGCUGGGAGAGCGACUAUUUGCUGGGCAUCAAGCGCGUGCGACGGCUCUACUGCAACGUGGGCAUCGGGUUUCACCUGCAGGUCCUCCCAGACGGCCGGAUCAGCGGUGUGCACGACGAGAACCAGUACAGUCUGAUCGAGAUUUCGGCGGUGGAGCGCGGGGUGGUGAGUCUGUACGGCGUGAAGAGCGAGCUGUUCGUCGCCAUGAGCAGCAGAGGAAGACUGUACGGAACGCCCACCUUUAAACACGAGUGCGAGUUCAAGGAGACCUUGCUGCCGAAUAACUAUAAUGCCUACGAGUCUUCCGUUUACAAGGGAUUCUAUAUCGCUCUCAGCAAACACGGCAGAGUGAAGAGAGGCAACAAGGCCAGCACCUCCAUGACGGUCACUCACUUCCUCCCUCGAAUAUGAGCGAGACCGGCCCGAAGCGCUCUUGUUUUGCACAUGCGGUUUGCUCUCCGACAUGGGAGCCUCGAAACGAUGAACACCAAAAAGAGACUGCAAGAAUACUACUCCGAUGAUAUUUAUUGUGACUUUAUAUAUGUAUAUUUGGAUAGCCAAAGUUUUUUGAUUUUUAUGUAUAUGCCAUUUUUUGCUGCUUCUUCUUUUUGUACAUUAUUGCUCGUGGAUAUGGAGGCAUUGCCAGUCUCCUCACCGCACUCGGGUGCUUAACAGGACAUAAGGAAAUACUGGAACAGACAGGAAGAUGUCCUCUUCAGCUUUAUACGGCAAAAUGAUUUUGUUUAAUUACCUCAGAGCCGCUUGUGGGUUAAAGGGAUUCACGAAGUUAUGCAGAAAAUGAAUUGAAUCCUUUUUUUUUUAUUAUUCUUUUUGUCUAUGCCAAAGCAAGCUUGAUAGUUUCAUUUGUGCUGUCAGGUUAUAUAUACUAACAUAUCUAGUUUUUUGUUUUGUUUUGUGGCUUUUUUUUUUUUUUUUGGUCUCUAGUUGUCCUGCCAUGGAAAUGUGAGAGCACUUAAAGCAACACGGAUCCCUUUUUUGCUGCAUGAUGAGCUGAGGUGCCUUGGCAUUCCUCCACGCCGCCCCUUUAACGUGAAUUCUCCGAACGCCCCAGGGAGUCAGAAAUAGGGCUGACAUGUUAGCCAUGGCUCUGGAGGGACUCUCCCGCAGAGGGGGUGGUGUGGGGGGUUAGGCGAUGGCCGUUCGAUCUCAGCUUGACUUCUCUUUGCUUUGACUAGAGAACUGGCCAAUCUGCGGGCUGAGCGGAGUGAAUGAAUUGAGAGAAUGUUAAAAAAAAAGAAAAGAAAAGAGAAGAAGAAGAAAAAAAAAACAGUCGCAACUUCAGUUCUCUCUUUA